GCUACCGAAGGGCUUGUUGCAGUAUUUCCCAGAAACCUGAAGAUGCAGACAGAUGUUAAGAGGACCAGGUGAGCACACUGAGCAAGGCACAAGAACCAAGGCACAAGAAAAGCCUUUUCUUUUAACCUGGCUGCCUUUGAAGAAGUGGCUCAGACGUCUUCAUGGCCUCGAAAGAUACACAGAACCAAAGACAUAGAGUUCUGCCUGGUUUUCUCCCUGGUGCUACAGACCCACGCCAGAGCCUUCCAGCCCCUGCUUCCAGCUUGAGGACCCAGGCAUGGCAGUCAGGUGUCCCUCCACCAAGCAGCUUUCUGCCAACAUUAGACCUGAUAAUUAUACACCAGCAAGUGGAGCUUCUUGGAAUGAUACUUGGCACUGAGACCUCCAACAAAUAUGAGAUUAAAAACAGCGUGGGACAAAGAAUUUACUUUGCAGUGGAGGAAAGCAUCUGCUUCAAUCGCACUUUCUGUUCCACGCUGCGAUCUUGCACCCUGCGGGUCAGCGAUAACUCAGGGCGAGAGGUGAUCACAGUCAACAGGCCCUUGAGGUGCAACAGCUGCUGCUGCCCUUGCUACCUACAAGAGUUAGAAAUCCAAGCCCCUCCUGGUACUAUCGUGGCUUAUGUGGCACAGAAGUGGGACCCCUUUCUGCCUAAAUUUACAAUCCAAAAUGCAAACAAAGAAGACAUCUUGAAAAUCGUUGGUCCUUGUGCAACAUGUGGUUGUUUUGGCGACGUGGAUUUUGAGGUGAAAACCAUUAACGACAAGCUUACAAUAGGAAAGAUUUCGAAGUACUGGUCAGGAUUCGUAAACAAUGUCUUCACAAACGCAGACAACUUUGGG